AUCGCUAGUGAAGAGUGACACUUAAAUCGGCUUUUUCAGAAUGUGGAAACUUCUAAUAGUUGCGAUUUUCGCAAUAAAUAAUUGCAAUGCUGUGCUUGAAAGCGAUGCCAAUACUCUGGUAUUGUUGGACAAUUUAGCCAUUCGUGAAACGCAUUCAAUUUUCUUCAAAACAUUGCAAGAUCGCGGAUUUAAGCUAACCUAUAAGCUAGCGGACGACUCCGGUCUGUUGCUCUCUCGCUAUGGCGAAUACCUAUACAAGAAUCUAAUUAUCUUCGCGCCCAGCGUUGAGGAAUUCGGCGGUGACAUCAGCGUGGAGCGUCUGGCACAAUUCGUGGACGACGGUGGCAAUGUUCUGGUUGCGGGCAGCGAGAAAUCCGGUGAUGCUCUGCGUGAAUUCGCCUCUGAGUGCGGCUUCGAGCUGGACGAGGAAAAUGCUGCCGUCAUCGAUCACUUGCACUACGAUGUGAGCGAUGCGGGCGACCAUACAACUAUUCUCACCUCGGCACGGAAUCUGGUUGAUGCGGCGAGCGUGGUGGGCAGCGAGAAUCGUCAGGCGAAUGCGGCGCCGCUGCUAUAUCGCGGCACGGGACUCAUUGCGGACAAGGAGAAUCCUUUGGUCUUGAAGCUGCUGACGGCGGAAAGCAGUGCCUACAGCUACAAUCCAGACUCCAGCGUUUCGGACUAUCCGCAUGCUGUGGGCCGCGGCACGCUGCUAAUUGCCGCUCUGCAGGCACGCAACAAUGCACGCGUCGUCUUCUCCGGCUCGCUGCACUUCUUUGCCGAUGAGACCUUCACCAUGGCCGUGCAGUAUGCGCAGAGCGGCGCCUUCCACAAACAGGCUGGCAAUCGGGCGGUCGCCGAAGCCAUCAGCAAAUGGGUGUUUGGCGAGAGCGGCAGACUGCGUGUGGCUUCUGUGCGCCACCACAAGGAGGGCGAAAGUCAGCCGCCAGAGCAGGCAUACACCAUAACAGAUCCCGUGGUCUAUACGAUUGCCAUCGAGGAGCUGGUGCUGGGCAAUUGGCAGCCGUUCAAAGCAAACGAUAUUCAGCUGGAGUUUGUGCGCAUCGAUCCGUUUGUGCGCGCAUUCCUCAAGCAAACGAGCAGCGGCAGCUACGAGGCCAGAUUUAAGAUACCCGACGUCUAUGGUGUCUAUCAGUUCAAGGUCGACUACAAUCGCAUCGGCUAUACGCAUCUGUACAACACGACCCAAGUGUCGGUGCGUCCACUGGAGCACACACAAUACGAACGAUUCAUACCCAGCGCAUUCCCCUACUACACCAGCGCCUUCUCCAUGAUGAUUGGCGUCUUUGUCUUCUCGUUUGUCUUUUUGCACUUCAAGGAGGAAUCGGCCACCGGCAAAUCCGCCAAGGACGACAAAAAGACUCAAUAGAAUAGAAUAGUAUAUGAACAAAUUGUGCAACAUUUUUAAUCAGUUCGUAUAUUGCAUUUAAAU